CUUCAGUAUUUAGACAAAACUUUCUUGGCUUCUUUCUUCUAUACAAUAAAAAAAAUAAUAUUCCUAAUUUAAAACAAGUAUGUUUGAUUUUCUGGAUUUUCAAAACCAUGUUCCAAGAAAAAGAUAAUUUUAUUUAUACAAAAUUUUCAUAACGUAAAAUAUUUAACUACUAAUAAGUGCCAUUUGAACAAUGGAUAGAUGUGACAGAUGUACUGUCAACAUUAUUGAUGCCACGUCAGUACUUUAUUUUCGGUUACAACAGUCAUUUGGAUAAGCAUCUCAAGAGUUUGUACAUUUCGUAGUUUGACUUGAUACGAAAUUUUAUUUAUUUUUUAUUUUUUUUGAAAUUUGUAAUUUAUAUAAAUAGUCAUAAUAUUGUUGUUGCUGCUGGGAAUUUUAUGGUUAAUGAAAAAAGUUUCUAGCUUUUAUUUGAGUAGUAAACAUGUUGGCUGUGUUUGAGCAAUCUAUUGGGAAGCCACCUUCAGAGCUGAGCGUUGCUCAGACAGAUAGACAGAAAAAGGAGGCUAAAACAAAGGAAGAGAUUGAAGAAAGUUUCAAAUCAUGGAAGCCAGACUCAACUUUUUACCACCUUUCAAAUGGGAAUUUCAUGGCUUUUUCUCAUGGAAAUGAAAACCCUUUCCAUCCAAGGUCUAUUGUGGUGAUGGAUGACAUAUUCUGCAUCUUUUCUGGUGGUUUAGACAACACUUUUGAUUUGAGGAAAUAUUAUGGUCUUUCAAGACAAGCUACAGAAGCUAUGAUAAUGGUUGAGGCUUACAAAGUUUUAAGGGAUCGGGCGCCAUACCCUCCUGAUCAAGUCAUCAAAGAACUUGAAGGCAAAUUUGCUUUCAUUCUCUUUGACUAUAAAGCCUCCACUCUUUUUCUUGCUAGGGAUCGCGAUGGAAGUGUGCCGUUACACUGGGGAACUGCUACAGAUGGAUCAUUAGUAUGUUCUGAUGAUUCAGAGUUCAUUCAAGCUUCUUGUGGGAAAUUGUAUACCCCGUUUCCUCCAGGUUGUAUCUUCAUAAGUGACACUGGGCUAAUAAGCUUUGAUCAUCCAAUGCACAAAGUAAAAGGAAUUGCGCGUGAAGAUGAUGAAGGAAAUGUCAAUGCUGUGAUUUUCCAGGUGGACUUGUACACCAAACUCCACAGCAUUCCGCGCAGGGGAAGUGCUGCGAAUUGGGCUGGUGCUACUACGGUUGAAUGAAACGGAAGAUUUGAAACUUUGACGAUCUUCCCAAGUUGAGUCAUUAUUGUAAUAAUGUUAAAUCACAAACGGUAUGCUACUUUGUGGCAAUCUUGUUAAAUAAUCUGAAAUCAUAUGUUGCUGCAAUAAUAAUAUUUCCAUCAUCAA